UACUUCCGUGCUGUGUAGUAGCUCUUGAGUGACAGUCGUAAGUGAUAAUUUGAUAAGAAGCUUCAUGACAAUACACUAUACAAAACUUCUGUGCAGUUAACAUUUUAUCCGUAGUGCUUUAAGUUAUUAACACUAAGGGAUUAUUAAGUUUACGAAUAGAUCCCUUGAUUAAGAAUUGAUUAAGCUUCAGGCCAUGUUCACCUUGUAUAUAAAACAAGUGUACCUUACCCAGUGAUGCCAGUUACACUACAAAUAUUCCCUCGUGAUUGAAGAAAAUGCAGCUACAUUAAAGGUAAAUUUUUUAGCGUACAGUGACCCGUGCAAAUUAAAUAUUCUAAGAAAAUUAACCAACGUAUAAACGCACCUAUAAUCAAACUCGGCUGCAACUCGCAACAUGAACUAUUGAUCUAGAGGUAAGGGAACCUCGACGAAAACAUUUGAAAAAUUGCUGCAACAUUCCUCGGUCCCUGCGAUGGAGCAUAAAAAAUCGAGCCCAGGCCUGGAGAACGCAGUGUUUGUGAGCGACGAGACGUCGGAUGCACAGCAAGGUUCCUAUGCUGACGAGCGCGGGGUUAGCGGUAGCAAGGAUGACAACAGCAGCGUUAGCAGCAUCAGCAACGACAGCGAAAGGAGUAUCUUGAAAGCCGUUACACGCGGCCCCGGGCUUCUGAACUCGCGCCAUGAUAAGAACGCCACCUCGGAAUUCAGCGCAUUUUUCAACUUGCUGAAGGCCAACAUAGGCACGGGCAUGCUGGCUCUACCGCAAGCUUUCUUCUACGCCGGUGUCUGGGUAGCGCUUGUGAUGACACCGCUCAUUGGCAUCAUAGCAACACACUGCAUGCAUCUGCUGCUGGAGAGCAGUCGGUUGUUGUGUGCCCGUAUCAACGCGGAGUCGCUGAGCUAUGAAGAGACAAUGAACGCUGCCUUCAUUACGGGUCCUGAAAAGCUUCGUCCCAUCACAAAAUUCAUGACCAUUGCCACCAAAGCCUUCAUCUGCACAACGCAAAUUGGCUUCGUUUGCGUCUACUACGAGUUUGUGUGCGAGAACCUGUACCAAUUAAUAGAAUGCAACCCUUCGAUGAGCUUAGGCUUGACUUUGGUGGACUACAAGCUCAUCUUAUUCAUCCCCUUCCUGUUGGUGUGCAGUGCUACUGAGUUGAAGGUCAUAGGUUACAUGUCUAUCACAUCUUGCGCGCUCUUCGUAGCAGCGAUAGCCAUCAUACUCUACUAUUGCACCAGAGAUUUACAGCAGUACCCCGUGGGCGAUCUGCCCGCAUUUGGAGGGUGGAAAACUUUCCCUCUCUACUUCGGCACGAUCGUCUUCGCUGUUGAGGGAAUUGGAUGCAUGUUACCAAUAGAAAACCGGAUGGCAGACCCCUCUAACUUCAGCGGCAUCAUAGGGGUGUUAAACACGUGCAUGGUGAUAGUUGUGUGCUUGUACACGGGCAUCGGCUUCUUCGGAUACGUUCGUUACAGGGAAGAUGUACAGGGAGCUAUCACGUUGAACCUGCCUAGCGACGAAGUGUUGUCGCAAGUCACCAAAGGACUCGUGAGCGUUGCGGUGUUCCUAUCGUACCCCAUCCAACUCUACGUCGUGGCACAACUCUUCACAAAACUCUGGACCAGAGAGACAGACUCCAAGAGAACAAUUCUGUACAAAAAUUAUGGCGUGCGAGCCGCUUGUGUUACGUUCACUCUUUGCACGGCGCUGGCGAUACCCAACGUCGGUCUGUUCAUCUCGCUGGUUGGGUCCAUCAGUGGGGCGAUGAUGUGUCUUAUAUUACCGCCUGUUGUGCACCUAGUCGCGGUCUGGCCUGAACGUGGGCCUGACACUUUACUUAUAGUCAAGGCGGUCUUCAUCGUAUGUUUCGGCAUGCUCGGUUCGAUCGUGGGUUCGGUCACGAGUAUCUUCGCCAUCGUAGACUUCUUCUCAAGCUCUGCCAACGGCGCUCUCCUCUGCUCAUGAUAGACUCAAGAACGAACGUAUCCUGGUAAUCGCAGCACUGUGACCCUGCAACAUACUGCGUAAUCUUGCACCAGAAGCAUGGCAUGAUCUAGAUUCAAGAAUGAACCCUGAUAAUCGCUGCACUGUGACCCUACAACAUACUGCGUAUUGCUCGUGAUAGAUUCAAGAAUGAACCCUGAUAAUCACGGUACAGUGACCCUGCAACAUACUCCAUUGUCUUGCACCAGAAGCAUAGCAUGAUCUAGAUUCAAGAAUGAACCCUGAUAAUCACAGCACUGUGACCCUGCAACAUAAUGCGUAAUCUUGCACCAGAAGCAUAGCAUGAUCUCAUACAAGCAGUGUGAUCUUACUUCAACCCCGGAACGGGCUUUCUAUGUUCGACAUCGAGUGAGAUCUUGCAGCAAGACCACCCUCUCCAUCACACACAACUGCUUGCUAGUCAUUCAAUUACUUUCUCUUCUUCAACAAUCGUUAAUACGUUGGACGCCAUCCCCAGAAGCUAAUAAUCAAGUCAACUAACCAUCCAGCUUUGUACUCCUUCAUAUCAGUUCUGUUACGUACUAAAUACUUGCAAUGCAGUCUACAUGAAUAUUCUUUUAAAACAUAAAAUAACAGCAAAAUUCGUUGUGAAGUUAAGUUACAUUGCGUUACUCUGUGCAGUGAGAUUUCAGUUUAGUCAUUAAAAACUUAUGAAAUUUUAGUAAA